AUGCAACAACACGAAAAAUGUGUAUUUUCCUUUCCUUCCCUUUCAGGAAAUGAUAACAGUGAAUCCCUUCCAGAGUCUAUCCCAUCUGCUCCUGGAACACUGCCUCAUUUCAUGGAGGAACCAGAUGAUGCCUACAUUAUAAAAAGCAACCCCAUUGUCUUACGCUGUAAAGCUAUGCCAGCAAUGCAGAUUUUCUUCAAGUGCAAUGGUGAAUGGGUCCAUCAAAACGAGCACGUGUCUGAGGAAAGCAUGGACGAGACUACAGGACUGAAAGUUCGAGAGGUGUUCAUCAACGUGACGAGACAGCAGGUAGAAGAUUUUCACGGGCCGGAAGACUACUGGUGCCAGUGUGUUGCAUGGAGCCAUCUAGGGACCUCGAAGAGUAGGAAGGCAUCUGUCCGCAUAGCUUAUUUACGGAAAAACUUUGAGCAAGACCCCCAAGGGAAGGAGGUUCCUAUCGAAGGGAUGAUCGUUCUCCACUGUCGGCCACCUGAGGGAGUCCCUGCGGCUGAGGUGGAAUGGCUAAAGAAUGAGGAGCCCAUAGAUUCCAACCUGGAUGAGAACAUCGACACCAGAGCAGACCACAACCUCAUCAUUCGGCAAGCACGUCUGUCUGACUCUGGGAACUACACCUGCAUGGCUGCCAACAUCGUUGCCAAGCGGAGGAGCAUGUCUGCGACAGUUGUGGUCUAUGUUAAUGGAGGCUGGUCGUCAUGGACCGAGUGGUCAAACUGCAAUGCACAGUGUGGUCGGGGCUGGCAGAAGCGAUCACGGACCUGUACCAACCCCGCUCCACUCAACGGGGGUGCAUUUUGUGAAGGAAUGUCAGUGCAGAAAAUUACCUGCACUUCUCUUUGCCCUGUGGAUGGAAACUGGGAGGUGUGGAGCGAGUGGUCUGUGUGCAGUCCAGAAUGCGAGCAUCUGAGAGUUCGGGAAUGUAUCGCGCCACCUCCAAGAAACGGAGGGAAGUACUGCGAGGGCUUGAGUCAAGAGUCAGAGAACUGCACGGAAGGCCUUUGCAUUCAAGAUAAAAAACCUCUUCAUGAAAUAAAAUCCCAAAAUAUUGAGACUGCCAGUGACAUUGCCUUGUACUCUGGCCUGGGAGCAGCAGUCAUUGCUGUAGCUGUGCUGGUGGUUGGCGUUACCCUUUACAGACGGAGUCAGAGUGAGUACGGCGUGGAUGUGAUUGAUUCAUCUGCACUGACAGGAGGCUUCCAGACAUUUAAUUUUAAAACAGUCAGACAAGGUAACUCCCUGCUUUUGAACUCCUCCAUGCAGCCUGACCUGACAGUGAGCAGAACGUACAGCGGACCAAUCUGCCUGCAGGAUCCCAUGGACAAGGAGCUAAUGACAGAGUCUUCGCUGUUCAACCCGCUGUCGGACAUCAAAGUCAAAGUUCAGAGUUCGUUCAUGGUGUCCCUAGGGGUGACAGAGAGGGCUGAGUAUCAUGGAAAGGCGCAUUCUGGAACUUUUCCUCAUGGUAAUAAUAGAGCUUUUGGUACAAUGCAGGCUAGAAACAAGGCUACGUACAUUCAGAACCUGUCUUCCCUUUCAACGAGGAGCGAGCUGAAGACAACUGCCAUUUUUGGACACCUGGGUGGCCGUUUAGUGGUUCCAAACACGGGAGUCAGUUUGUUGGUACCACAUGGAGCUAUUCCUGAAGAGAGUUCGUGGGAAAUCUAUCUUGCCAUCACUCAAAAGGAGUCCAGCCUACAGCCCGAAGGCACGGAUGUUCUUCUAGGACCAGAAGUAACUUGUGGGCCCUCAGAUUUGUCUGUCAGCACUCCGUUUGCCUUGACAAUACCACACUGCGCGGAAGUAAAUUCAGAGCACUGGAAUAUUCACUUGAAAAAAAGGACGCCGCAAGGAAAAUGGGAGGAAGUGAUGUCUGUGGAAGAGGAAACUACUUCUUGCUACUGCCUGUUGGAUCCUUAUGCCUGUCACAUUCUCUUAAACAGCUUUGGAACUUAUGCUCUUAUUGGAGAACCGAUCUCUGACUGUGCCGUUCGACAGCUGAAAGUAGCGGUUUUUGGCUGCCUGUCUUGCAAUUCUCUGGAUUACAAUCUGAGAGUAUAUUGUAUGGAUAACACGCCUUGUGCAUUUCAGGAAGUGGUUUCGGAUGAAAGACUCCAAGGAGGACAAUUACUGGAGGAACCAAAACUUUUGCAUUUCAAAGGGAAUACCUUCAGUCUUCAGAUAUCUGUGCUUGAUAUCCCUCCUUUCCUUUGGAGAAUUAAACCAUUUACUGCCUGUCAGGAAGUCCCGUUCUCCCGUGUGUGGUGCAGCAGCCAGCAGCCGCUGCACUGUGCCUUUUCUCUGGAGCGCUACACUCCCGCAACCACGCAGCUCUCCUGCAAGAUCUGCGUCCGCCAAGUCAAGGGUCACGAGCAAAUCCUACAGAUCCAGACGUCCAUUCUAGAGAAUGAAAGGGAAACCGUCACUUUCUUUGCACACGAAGACAGCAACUUCCCUGCACAGAUGGGUCCAAAAGCAUUCAAAAUCCCCUACUCUAUUAGACAGCGAAUCUGUGCAACAUUUGACACACCCAAUGCCAAAGGCAAAGACUGGCAGAUGUUAGCACAAAAAAACAGCAUUAACAGGAACCUCUCCUAUUUUGCUACGCAAAGCAGUCCCUCUGCCGUCAUUCUGGACCUCUGGGAAGCCCGACAUCAGCACGAUGGCGACCUUGACUCCCUGGCCUGUGCCCUGGAAGAAAUAGGAAGGACACACUCCAAAAUCUCAGACAUAACGGAAACUGAGAUUGAAGAGCCUGACUUCAACUACAGCAGACAAAACGGACUUUAG